AUGAGGAUGAUCACCUUUUUUCUGGUUGGGCUGAUCGUCCAUGUAGUCUUCUUCGUGUCUAUCUUCGACAUUUACUUCACAUCUCCCUUGGUCCAUGGUAUGACACCCCAGUCCACACCCCUGGCACCACCUGCCUCCAGGCUGGUGCUGAUGGUGGCAGAUGGCCUCCGGGCUGACAGUCUCUUCACCCUGCUGCCCAAUGGCUCAUCUCGGACUCCGUACUUGAGAAGUGUAAUAGAGGACACCGGUACCUGGGGUGUGUCACACACACGUGUGCCCACUGAGUCUCGACCUGGUCACGUUGCCCUCAUCGCAGGUUUCUAUGAGGAUGUCAGUGCAGUUGCAAAAGGCUGGAAGGAGAAUCCUGUGGAGUUUGAUUCGGUGUUUAAUGAGAGCAGGUACACCUGGUCCUGGGGAAGCCCUGAUAUCUUGCCUAUGUUUGCCAAAGGUGCUAGUGGAGAUCAUGUAUACACCCACACGUACCCAGCUGAGGAGGAGGACUUUGCCUCUAUGGAUGCCUCCAGGCUGGAUAGCUGGGUGUUUACUCAAGUUAAAUCCUUAUUCCAGUCAGCAAAGUCUAACUCCACCUUGAAGGCCAGUCUACUCCAGGAUAAGAAUGUCUUCUUCUUGCAUUUGCUGGGCAUUGACACUAACGGGCAUGCUCACAGACCAAUGUCGCGGGAAUACCUAGACAACAUCGCCCUGGUAGAUGCAGGUGUGGCUGAGCUGGUGUCUAUAGUAGAGGACUUUUUUGGUUCUGAUGGCAGAACGGCAUAUGUGUUUACCUCUGAUCACGGCAUGACAAACUGGGGCUCCCACGGUGCAGGCCAUCCAUCGGAGACGCUCACCCCUUUAGUGGUGUGGGGAGCUGGAGUUAAUUAUGCCCAGAGAGUUACAGAGCCCCAACCAUACGAGGACGGGUACCUUCAAGAUUGGCAAUUGGAGCACAUUCGUAGGGCUGAUGUCAAUCAGGCAGACAUUGCACCACUCAUGGCUUCUCUCAUUGGUUUGCCCAUCCCUGUCAACUCAGUUGGUGUGUUACCUCUCCCUUACCUUAACAAUAGUGACCAGUUCAAGGCAGAAAGCAUGUACACAAAUGCUAUUCAAGUACUGGAGCAGUUCAAGAUGAAAAUGAGCCAGAAAAAGGAGACAACGUUGCCAUUUCUCUUUACUCCAUACCAACCUCUGACUGAGUCAAAACAGACAGAGCUCACACGCAAAGCUCGAAUACUGAUUCAGCUGGAGAAGUACAAUGAGGCUAUCUCUCUGUGCCAGUCUCUGAUUUCCUUUUCUCUGGAGGGACUGAUCUACUUCCACACCUAUGACAGGUUCUUUCUGGGUUGCAGUGUGGUGCUUGGAUUUGUCGGCUGGACUUCCUACGUCAUCUUAGUCAUUUUGAGGACCCACGCUAGCCUCAACAGGCACCCUAAUCUCACUGCACAGGUUGGAAUGGGGGUGUCGAAUAUUUCCAGUAAGAAAUUGGGGAGGCUGUGUACAUGUGUGGGGGCAGUAAUCACCGCAUUCCUGCUUAUUCAAAGAAGCCCUCUGACUUACUAUGUUUACUGCCUGCUGCCCAUCCCUGUGUGGUACUCUGUUUUCAAAGAGUCGGGAGCGCUGACAGAUUUGAUUUGGUCGGCCCCCUCUCUUCCUCUUUGGAAAUGUUUUGGUUAUUUCGUGCUGGUGGCAUUUGGGAUCGAGCUUCUGGUGGCGAGUUUCUUUCAUCGCGCCAUGCUGACAGUAGGUCUGGUGGUCCUCUCCCUGUGGCCCUUCCUGUCAGGACUUUUUGGCAAAGCGAAGUUCCGUUCAUUGAGCUGGUUUCUGGGCUGUUUGUGUCUGGCUGCUUUCCCCCUGAUGCCGGUUGUGGGUAGAGAGCCUAACCUACAUCUGGUCACCUGUGCAGGUCUGCUCACUUUCUUCACCUCAGCCUGUUACCUCUGGUCCUCCGGACGGCGGACCCCUCUGCACCUAAGCGACAGGCUGCAGUUUUUCACUCAGAUGCUCCACGCGGCCAUGUGCGCGUACGUGCCGACCCUCACCCACUCCAGCCUGCAAGAGAAGCAGGGCCUGCCGCUGCUCAACCAGAUCAUCAGCUGGAGCACAUUAGCGUCCUCCAUAAUUGUUCCUUUGCUGAGCUCGACGCGUCUCUUCCAUCGACUCCUUAGCAUAUUUUUGUCUCUCACAUCCACGUACCUGCUGCUCAGCACAGGGUCAGAGGCUUUGUUCCCUCCCGUGUUAUCCUGGUUAAUGUUCGUCUGGAUCAACAUUGAACAGGAGGCCUUAAUAGCUCAAGGUGUCUCGGGCAGGCAAGAGUUGUCAUCUAUCGACUUCUCUGCAAACAUCGACAUCACCAAGGUCCGACAGCUGAAGCUGGAUGAUAUUAGAAGAUCCUAUUUUUUUGUAUUUUUCAUAAUAACAGCUUUCUUCGGCACAGGGAACAUAGCAUCCAUUAACAGUUUUGAUCCUGCUUCUGUUUACUGUUUCCUCACCGUUUUCAAUCCCUUUAUUAUGGGAGGUCUUAUGAUGUGGAAGGUUAUCAUACCAUUCAUCAUAGUAAUGUGUACAUUUGAAACCAUUCAAGUGGCAACGCAGCUCUCAUCAAGAAGUUUGUUCCUCAUUGUUUUGGUGAUCUCUGAUGUGAUGGCUCUGCAUUUUUUCUUCAUGGUGCAAGACUAUGGCAGCUGGUUGGACAUUGGCACAAGCAUCAGCCACUAUGUGAUCGUGAUGUCUAUGACCAUCUUCCUAAUGCUGCUCAGCGUGGUCACACACAUUCUCACAUCGAAAAGACUCAUGCUGUGGAGGAAACCAAAGAUGCACUAUCCCUAAAUAGGAACGUGGUUAAUGUGUGCACCUAUUUCGUGGUUACAGAUAUUUAAUAUUUAUCUUUUUUAAAGGUAUGUGUCGUCCUGUGUCAUUUAUACAUAUUGAAGUUUGUGAUAUGGUUGAAGGACCAUAUGCACUACACAGCACUAUAAAAUACCUCUGAGGAGUUUCAGCUGGGAUGUUUUCACUGAAGGUUUUUUUUUUUACAACUUCAUUCUGUAUUUGUUUUCUAGGCACAUUAUGACAUUAAUCAUUUAUGAAUUUAACAAAAGGCUGCUGUAACGUUUGACUGUAACUUGAGUAUUCGCCAAAGGUGUUAAUGUAUGAUCUAUUGAAGGGUCGCUUCAUUAACCCUUUUAGGGUGUAGCACUGCUUCUUGUAAAGGGACCUAAAGUUAAUCUUUGAUUGCUGUAAAAGGAGAAGGGUAUUUGUUUAAAGCUGGGUAUCUGGGAACAAAAUAGUUUCUUAAUUGAAAUACAAAAAAGUAUUAGAGGAAUUACUGCCAUCAGAAUGGCUCUCUGUUGCACAUUUUAACAUGUCCGAAAAGUACAUAUUUGAUCGACUUCAUAUCAAUAAAUGAGAUUUAUACAAAAAAAACUGAUUACUGAUAUGUAAUUUAGAUCAAAGAAGCGGUUCUAUCACCUUGGAAAACGUAAGCACAUUGCUUGCUUAGGGUGCUUGCCUCCAUUGGGUGAGAGGCUACAAGUUGUCAGAGUCUGCUAAGCCCCACACUG